CCAGUUACUGCUCUUGCUGAUUUUUGGCCUCUUUUUUGUCCUCUCUCUCUCUCUCUCUCUCUCUCUCUCAAUCUGCCCUGAAACCGCCAUCUCCACCUUCCUUUGCUCUCUAUAAAAUUGCACAUGCCCCUCUCUCCCACUCGUCUCUCAAUCGCACCAUUCUAGUUUCCAAGAUUAUCUCCUCCUCUUCAGGUUACCAGUCACUUCUCUUCUGGAAUUAAGUAAAAGCCCAGAAAUCGAGCUCGAAAUCCAUGGCCACCCCUAAAUUAUCCCGAAUUCCCAGCAUGCGGGAGCGGGUCGAGGACACCCUCUCCGCUCAUCGCAACGAACUCAUCUCUCUCCUCUCCAGGUAUGUGGGUCAGGGGAAGGGGAUUUUGCAACCGCAUAGUUUGUUCGAUGAACUCGACAACAUAAUCGGCGAAGACUCAGCGAGGGAAAAGCUCAGGGAUGGGCCCUUCAGUGAAGUCCUUAAGUCUGCCCAGGAAGCCAUAAUUCUGCCCCCAUUUGUGGCCAUAGCAGUACGUCCAAGGCCUGGUGUUUGGGAAUUCGUACGUGUCAAUGUGCAUCAACUAAGUGUAGAGCAGCUGAGUGUUUCUGAAUAUCUUGGCUUCAAAGAAGAUCUUGUAGACGGGAACGCCAAUGAUAAGUUUGUGCUGGAGCUUGAUUUUGAACCCUUCUAUGCAACGUUUCCCCGCCCAACUCGGUCUUCGUCCAUUGGCAAUGGUGUUCAAUUCCUCAAUCGACACCUCUCCUCGAUCAUGUUUCGCAAUAGAGAUUCUUUGGAACCGUUGCUUAAUUUCCUCCGGGCACACAAACAUAAAGGGCAUGGCUUCAUGUUGAACGAUCGAAUUUAUACCAUACCUAGACUUCAAUCAGCAUUGUCAAAAGCAGAGGAUUAUCUCUCUAAGCUACCACCUGAUACACCCUAUUCUGAGUUUGAAUAUGACUUGCAAGGAAUGGGCUUUGAAAAAGGUUGGGGUGAUACUGCAGAACGAGUUUUGGAGAUGAUGCAUCUGCUCUCGGACAUCCUCCAAGCUCCCGAUCCUUCUGCCUUGGAGACAUUUCUUGGUAGAAUACCAAUGGUGUUUAACGUUGUUAUUUUGUCCAUACAUGGGUACUUUGGACAAGCAAAUGUCUUAGGAUUGCCCGACACUGGUGGCCAGGUUGUGUACAUACUGGAUCAAGUACGUGCCUUGGAGCAUGAAAUGCUUUUGAAAAUAAAGCAGCAAGGACUGGACAUCACCCCUAGAAUUCUUAUUGUGACACGAUUAAUACCUGAUGCGAAAGGUACUUCGUGCAAUCAGAGGCUCGAAAGAGUCAGUGGAACAGAAUACUCUCAUAUUCUAAGAGUCCCUUUCAGAACAGAGAAAGGCGUUCUCCGUAAAUGGAUCUCAAGAUUUGAUAUAUGGCCUUACCUGGAGACCUUUGCAGAGGAUGCCGGUAGUGAAAUGGUUGCAGAGUUACAAGGUGUUCCUGAUCUGAUUAUUGGCAACUACAGUGAUGGGAAUCUUGUUGCAUCUUUGUUAUCGCAUAAAAUGGGAGUAACGCAGUGCACCAUUGCUCACGCCUUGGAGAAAACAAAAUAUCCAGAUUCUGAUAUAUAUUGGAAAAAGUUCGAGGAUAAAUACCACUUCUCUUGUCAAUUUACUGCUGACUUAAUUUCCAUGAACAACUCAGAUUUUAUCAUCACUAGUACGUACCAAGAGAUUGCAGGAACGAAGAAUACUGUUGGACAGUACGAAAGCCAUACAGCUUUCACCCUUCCAAGCCUCUAUCGAGUUGUUCAUGGGAUUGAUGUUUUUGAUCCUAAGUUCAAUAUUGUCUCUCCUGGAGCAGAUAUGACCAUUUACUUUCCAUAUUCAGAAGAGGAUAAAAGACUCACUGCUCUACAUGGUUCAAUUGAAAAGUUGUUGUACGAUCCUGCUCAGAACGAUGAGCACAUUGGAAAACUGAGCGAUCCAUCAAAGCCCGUAAUUUUCUCCAUGGCAAGGCUUGACCGGGUGAAAAACAUUACAGGACUGGUAGAGUGCUACGCUAAAAAUAGCAAGCUAAGGGAACUAGCAAACCUUGUUGUGGUAGCAGGUUAUAAUGAUGUGAAGAAAUCCAGUGACAGAGAAGAAAUUGCAGAAAUUGAGAAGAUGCAUGCCCUCAUUAAGCAAUACAACUUGGAUGGCCAGCUAAGAUGGAUAUCAGCCCAAACCAAUCGAGCACGUAAUGGGGAGCUCUAUCGCUACAUAGCUGACAAUAGAGGGGCUUUUGUGCAGCCUGCAUUCUAUGAAGCAUUUGGGCUUACAGUCGUGGAGUCCAUGACCUGUGGGCUUCCAACAUUUGCCACUUGCCAUGGUGGUCCUGCUGAGAUUAUUGAAGAUGGCGUCUCAGGGUACCAUAUCGAUCCAUAUCACCCCGAUAAGCUUUCUGCACUUCUAGCCGAUUUUUUCCAACGCUGCAAGGAGGAACCCGGCCACUGGGAGAAAAUCUCCAAAGGUGGCCUUCAAAGGAUCUAUGAAAGGUAUACCUGGAAAAUCUACUCAGAAAGGCUGAUGACAUUGGCUGGGGUUUAUGGUUUCUGGAAGUUCGUUUCGAAACUUGAGAGGCGUGAAACCCGGCGAUACCUUGAGAUGUUUUACAUUCUGAAAUACCGUGAUCUGGUGAAGUCUGUUCCCCUGGCUGUUGACGAGGAGCAUUAGUAUGAACCCUAAAGUUGCUUUGAGGAUCAGAAUAACCCGUAAACUGGUGACUUUCCCCUGUUCAAUUUGAAUAACCGGGUUAACGUUUGGUUUGUGAAAUUGGUUAAUACAGCAGUGAUGUAACGUUGUAUAUGAUAAGAAAUCAAAAGGGUUCUUCUGGAACCUUCCUGUAAUCUUGAUAAAUGUCAAGAACCACCCUUCUUACUGGAUGUUCUUGAUAUAGUAAUAAAGCUUCUAUUCUGGCUGGCAA